AUGGUGGAUUCACUGUUCAAUUCAGAUGGCUCAUCGAGGCUGGAUAAAUUACAACAACUGUUUGAUAGGGACACAAUCAACUACAUUUGUAAAAUUUCUCUUACUAAUCGCAGACUGGAGGAUAGACUUAUUUGGAAAGGCAACACAACUGGCUGUCAUAGUGUGAAAUCGGCCUACAUUUUAGAAUACUGGAACAAUUAUAUUAGUUCUGCAUGGUGGAAGCAUUUAUGGAAGUCCAAAAUUCAUGAAAGGCUUAAGAUCUUUAUGUGGAAGCUAGCCAAUCAUGGUCUCUCAACCACUUCAAACCUCCUUUCACGCAACAUGAACCUUGAUAGGAUUGCAUAUGUUCAUGGUUGUGCAAGCGUGGAAUCAGAGUGCCAUGUUUUCUUCCACUGCCAGGUGGCACAAGUAAUCUGGUUUACUAUGCCAUGGAGCAUUAAAUGGGAAGCAAUGACUAAUAAAACCUUUGAAGAGAAGUUAAGCUUAAUCGCAAGUCCUUCAGUGUUGCUGCCGGUCCACUCAUCUGAUCAAGACAACUUCUUUCUUUAUGCCACCAUCCUUAUGGAGCAUCUAUGGAAAAUUAGAAAUUCCACACUCCAUGACAAAAUUAGUUUCUCUCUUGACAGUACUAUGGCUUGGUUUACUCAUAGAUUUCACGAGGCAAAAAAGGCAAUUACCAAUUGCAACCCAAGACAUGUUAUGCCCACAGUUACUAAGUCUUCUCAAGUGAUCCAAAACUUCCAUAAGUGUAUCUGGAUUCAUUCAGACGCUGCAGUUAAAGAAGGCCAAAGCACGGUUGGUGUCAUCACGAGAAACCACCUUAGUGAAGUGCAAAAGAUCAGAACCGUGCAUUUUGAAUCAGACACAUUCCAGAAGUGGCAGAAACUUAUGGCAUUUUACAAUCCUUACAACUAG